AUGUUCCACGUCGUGAGCGCCUCGUCGCCAGUGCCCUCGGAAAUCUUUGCGCUUCUUGCGCUGCUCCUCAUAUCCGUCAUCGUCCUACUUAUCCUGCGCCACUUCCUACCCCUGCGAACAACGCCGGCUUUCUACCUGGUGCCCAUCUUCUUCGCAUUAUGGCUGCCCGCAUGCAUGGUGCUGCUUGUGCCCAUCGACCUGGCUUCUAGUGCUAGGACCGACGAUGAGGCCACGCGCGGCAUCUGGCUUCCACAGCGGCUGCUAUUAGUAUCGUGGAGGAUAACGUACUGGCUGACGUUUGCCCUGACAUGGUUUAUUCUUCCCAUCCUCGGCGAAUACUCCGACUCUGGCUACCGCGAACCGAACGACUGCCUGAAAUACUCGCUUCGUCAAAACGCUCAAUACCAUGCGAUGGUACUAGGAACUGCUGCCGUCGGACUCGCGUAUCUCUUCAUCAGAUAUAACCCAAGUCCCACAACACUCAAGACAUCUUUCAUGGCACUCGCAUAUUUUUAUGGCCUGGUCUUCGCCAUCUAUCUUAUGGGACACGGGCUGGUUGCGGUGCCUCGUCGGCUUUUCCGGUAUUCCUCCAUCAGCGGGAGGUUACGCAGACUACAGAUCCGUGCGCCGAAACUUUACGAAAAAAUGGAGGACUCAUUGCUGAACCUGGAGGAUAUCGAAUUGCAGGUGUCGGAGUUGGGCCGCCGGAAGACAGGUAGCGCCGUCAAGUUCAGCGAGUGGAUCGACGAGCUCGUCGAAUCCGCCAACAUGCCCGAGUCGCAGCCCCGGACGGCUGUUGGAUCUGUCGACAGCCGCGCCCUGCCGACCGUCAUCACGGAGAAGUUCAUGGCCGAUUUGUCGAGAAGGUUGAUGCGCGCCCGGCAUGCUCGGUCCCGUUACGUAAACGACUGGAAUGAUCUGUUGAAGGAGGCAUCGGAAACGCAGGCUAUCUUGGACUCGGCCGCCUCGAAGAAGCUCGAAUUUAGCUCACCCUCCCCCCACGCCGGAUUCUGGGAUCGAUUCACCAUCCACACACCCUACACACGAUACCUGUACUACUAUCAUUUUGAGCCAUAUGCGUGCAUUGCCCUCGGAGCAUUUCUCGCGGUGGCCUCGGCCCUUAUCAUUUGGUCUGAAGUCAUCAAGGCGGCCUUCCCCCAACUGUCUGUCAUUCGCUUGACGGUAGUCCACCACUGGGUCGGAGAAAAAGGACAGGUCGGGUUUGCCGGACAACUUAUCUCGGUUCUCUGGCUUCUGUACAUGUGUGCAGCAACCUUCAUCACCAUGACAGAGGUGAAGACUUGGCGGGGACGCGCACUCGUUAGACGCAACACGGCCUACGAAUCGGCAUUCUGGUACUCCGGCCAAGUUGCCAAGCUUAGUGUUCCUCUAUCCUACAACUUUAUGACCUUCUUGUCCAGGGACAUCUAUCAGAAGACGCGUUUCUAUUCCUUCCUCGGACAGCUCAUCGAUUUCACCGCGAUGGGCCGCUGGGCGGACUAUCUCUUCCCCAUCUUUGUGCUCCUCCCUGUCGCAGCUACCCUCUUUGGCUUGUACGGGAAGAUCAAGCGCCUGUUCGGCUUCGGCGGCGAAUUCAUUGACGACGACGACAACGGCGACGGAAGGGUCUUUGGAACGGGCUCUUGGCGCGAGGGUCGAGACCUUAUCGAGCGCGAGUUGGGCGGCAACUCUGCCCUGCGACGCCGCGAAGAGGCUUUCGCCAGGCUCGAAUCAACCGGAAGGUCUGCGCCCGUUCUGACCAUUCCCGGCGGACGUACCGGCGCCGCGGCAUCCCCGGCAAGAUCUCCUGUUCGGGCCGUUCACAAUCGUCAACCUGGCCAACUGGCAAGGAACAGACAUUACCGUGACGAUGAGCCAGAGGAGGACCAGAACUUUUUCGAAUCGCUCGGCCAUCGCAUGAAGAACACGAUGGACACGUUUGAAGCUCCGCAAUGGUUCCAAGAAAUCAAGAAGCCCAAGUGGCUCGGCGGCGAUGACGAUGAGCCAAGCAGCAGUAGCCGUGGUGGUACAGCCAGGGGUGGCGAUGGCGGCGUUGAGUCUGACAUUCGACGUUGGUUCGGUGGCGAGGGCCGCGUUCGGCUGUGA